AUGAGCAAAAGACUAAAUCAAUUAUGAGAAGGCAAAAUAGAAAAGCACAAACGAAAUUGAUAUAAAUUCGCAGAUGAAAUAAAAUAUGCAAGUUUCCAAAAACAUAAAAAAUUAUCAGCUCUAAUAUUUAAUGGAAAACAAAAAUUCUUUUCCUUAUAUUCCAGAACAUUAAAGAAGCAUUUUCUUCCUUUAUUUUAUAGCCGUGAUACAUGAUUCUUUUUCUGCUUCCAUAUCAUCUCAUUCAAAAUUUACAUUACUCACAAGCUAACUUAA